AUGGCAGAGGCCUUGCAGGGAUGCCCAGGGACUCUCCUGGUGCCCAGGAGCUGCUGCCAUGCCCGGGGAGCUGCCAGGGGCCGUGCCCAGCUGCCUGCCUGCAGGAUGACCCUCACCAGCACCACCAGCAUGGCCCAGGCUUUCUUCUGCCUCCUGCUCUGCAUGCCCUGGGGCAGCUCCUGCCCGCCCAGCUGCCAGUGCUCGGAGCGGGCCGGGGCCAAGGCUGUGCUCUGCAGCUCCCAGCACCUGCAGGAGAUCCCCAAGGACAUCCCCAGGGACGCGGUGCUCCUCAAGCUGGAUGCCAACAGCAUCCCCAGCAAUGCCUUCAGGCACCUGUCCCGCCUGCAGGAGAUCGACCCGUCCUGGAACGCCAUCGAGCACAUCGACAGGGCGGCCUUCAGAGGGGUGGCAGCCGGGCUGAGGAGCCUCGACCUGUCCGGGAACCGCAUCCGCAGCAUUCCCAAGGAGGCACUGCUGGCUCUCAGGGCCGAGCUGCGGCUGGCCAACAACCCCUGGCACUGCGGGUGCGCCCUGCAGGAGCUGCUGGGGGUGGCACGGCCGCACCCCGACUCCGUGCAGGACAUCAGCUGCCACACGGCCCCGCCACACGAGCUCGUGGGCAAGCCGCUGCUGCGGCUGGGCAGCGGGGCCAACCUCUGCAGUGUGCCACGGAGGAGCACGGACGUGGCCACGCUGCUCGCCAUGUUCGCCAUGUUCGCCAUGCUCGCCGCCUGUGUCACGGGCUACGUGCGACACAACCGGGAGCGCUCCUGCGGGCACUGCCAGGCACACGGGAACGGGCAGAGAGCGCCAGCACCGCCCUGUAGGAGCACCCGCACUGUCCUGUAG